CGCGUUUGAUGGAGAUUUCAGUUCGGGACGUAGGAAUGUUCCCUGGAACACGGAUUCGGAUGGGAAGAUGGAGGAAAUGACGUCGGCGUUUCUAGAUACAACCCACAGAUGCGGCUGAGGAGGGAGGGCUGGUCCGGGCUGGCCAUUUAAAGGAGCAAAUAGAGAAGGGGAAAAAAAAAAAAAAACACACACACACACACACACACACAGCACCAGAGACUCAGAACCAAGAAGAGUCAUUGGUGCCAUUUGGUAUUUAUAGAGGCUGAAUCCACACACAGGGACGGGAUUUUAAUUUUAAUCACAGGACACACACACACACACACACACACACACACACACACACAGAGGAGGAACACACAAUGGGGAAAGACUAUUAUAAAAUCCUAGGCAUUUCCAAAGGAGCGGCUGAGGAGGAUAUUAAAAAGGCGUACAGAAAACAAGCUCUGAAAUGGCAUCCGGAUAAAAACAAAGCGCCAAACGCGGCGGAGAAAUUCAAGGAGGUGGCCGAAGCUUAUGAAGUCCUCAGCGACCCCAAAAAACGCGAAAUAUACGACCAGUAUGGAGAGGAAGGCUUGAAAGGAGGAGGUGGAGGUGGAGGAGGAGGAGCGUCCGAUGGCCAGGGCAGCACCUUCACGUACACGUUCCACGGCGACCCACACGCCACCUUCGCCACCUUCUUUGGUGGCACCAACCCCUUCGAGAUGUUCUUUGGCCGCAAGGUGAACGGCAGAGAUGAUGAGGACAUGGAAGUGGACACCGGGGACCCCUUUGGCUCCUUCACGAGUUUUAAUCUGAACGGUUUCCCUCGUGACCGGCAACCUCGGCGUAAGCAGGACCCGGCGAUCCAUCACGAAUUGCGCGUGUCGCUCGAGGAGGUCUUUCACGGCUGCACCAAGCGCAUGAAGAUCUCGCGCCGUCGCCUGAACGCCGACGGCCGGACCACGCGCACCGAGGACAAGAUCCUGUCCAUCGAGAUCAAGCGCGGCUGGAAGGAGGGCACCAAGAUCACGUUCCCACGCGAGGGCGACGAGUCCCCCGGCUGCAUCCCCGCCGAUAUCGUCUUCGUCAUUAAGGACAAGCCGCACCCACACUUCAGGAGGGAAGGGUCCGACAUCGUCUACCCUGUCCGCAUCAGUCUGCGCCAGUCGUUGUGCGGUUGCUCGGUUACAGUCUCCACGAUAGACGGGAAAACGUGCAAUAUGAAGAUCACGGAGGUCAUCAAACCAGGAAUGAGGAAGACCGUAGCAGGACAGGGGCUGCCCUUUCCCAAGAACCCUGAGCAAAGAGGAGAUCUCAUAGUGGAGUUUGACGUGAACUUUCCUGACAGUCUGCCAUCCAACGCCAAGGACGUGCUGAAACGCCAUUUACCCGCUUCGUGAAGGGAAUGCAACAGGACUGCGGCGGCGUUAAAAGCGCCACACUGACGCUCGCCAUCUCUCCCAAUCCAACACUCGGACAGAUCGCCGCUACGCCCCAUAAACAAUGUGAAAUUUCUAUUUUUUAAUUUAGUUAGCCAAGUGUUUGUGCUUUUUAAAAAAAAAAUUAAAUUUAUGUUGCAUGCCCAAAUAAGGUCAUAAACGUGCAAGUGCAAUCUUCAUGUCUGAAAGUAAACGUCAGAUUUGACUCCUUUA